GUAAAGUAGAGAAUAGGUGGCCCUGACUGUAUGAUUGAUCUCAUGACAUAUGUCUACAAAAGCAGUUUCGAGUGGUGCCAACACAGUCUACACAAGAAUCCCGGGAUAAGAACGAGGCACGAUUGCUCUGAACGAAAUAUCAGAUAGUGAUUGACCUGUCACGUGAUUUUUAUACCUUUUAAGAUCACAUGACCUUCGCCAUCUUUAAAAGUCACUGUCAUUUUAUGCUUGAUGUAAAACAUGGAUCUUGAGCAGCUAGAGCACUUCAACGAGAAAGGAUAUGUGGUAAUGAAAGGGUUACUGGACACUGAAACUGUCGAUUCAGUACGAGAUGGCUGUAAUCAGCUCACAAAUGAGUUGAUUCAAAAAUUAAUUUCCAAGGGCAAAAAUUCAGAUGAUUUCAAAGAUGAACCAUUUGAAACUCGUUUGUUGAAGGUUGUUGGAGAUAAUCUUGAUGAUGCGCCGUUAUUGUACCGAUCUGAGCUACACAAAGGACAAUUCUAUAAACUCUUCAGUAACCCACGACUCCUUGGAGUUGUCCAUCAAAUCUUAUCCCCCGCGAAGGACAUUCGUAUAUUCCCAAAUUACAGCAUCAGACCAAAGUUUCCCGAUUACUGCCCGCAUGAGGUUGUAUGGCAUCAGGAUGCUGGUUUGGCCCCUGAUGGAAGCCCUAAUACGGCACCUCUUCCUGAGCGUAUGGAUGCAUUUGGUCGUGACGCGACAGUUAAUUGCUGGACUCCACUGGUACCUGCAACAGUUGAGACUGGAUGUAUGAAAUUCAUCCCAGGCAGUCAUAAGCUGGGGAUUCAAGAGCAUAAGCUAUUACAUCGGUAUCGAGAAACUGCGACGUAUGGUACAGAGUCAGUUUAUGGAACUUAUGCUACUCAGAUACCUGAUGAGGUCAUAGAACAACACAAGAAUGAUAUCAUCGAUAUUGAAUGCGACCCGGGAGAUGUAGUGUUCUUCUCUCACAUCUUAAUCCACCGUGGUGGCUAUAAUCAUUCCAAGAUCAUUCGUUGGUCAGUUGAUUGGCGAUAUCAGGAUGCAGCUAAAGAGACUCAUCGUGAACAAAAGGGACACAUCAUGUGGUCUGAUGAUCCGACGAAGGCUGUGUCUAAUGCAGAACAAUGGGAACAGCUGAGUCUUGUGUAAACUAAAUCCCUGCCAGAUUUUACAGAAACAUUCCUAUGGAAUAUUCCUGAACUCAAUGAGGAGCCAUAUCAUUAGACAGACUACAUAUUUUUGAAAUAGAUUAUAUAUUGAGAAGACUGUCACAAAAUGUGACACUUUCAUUCAAAUGCAGAAAAGCUAAAGAGUGUUCCAGUUGCUGAAGCAUUCUGCAUCUUACCAAUAUGUUUUAAAUUAAACAUCACCAUACAUUGAAUGCUAUCAUAUUUUGAGGGUUUUUGAAGGCCUGUGAUUAACAUAGCAAUACAUUUUCGUACAUAUCACAAGUAAUGUGGAAAAACUCCAGACUACCUGGUCAUGAAGCAGAACCACCCUUAAUACUAUGGUUUCAGCCUCGAACAUGUACAGGGAAAUACUCCAGUCCAUGGGCUUUUAAUUCUUGAAAGUCUGUGACCAAUCAUAAUACUUUCUACGUGAUUAGUUUUUCAUAUUUGAAAUGUAAACAUCCGGUUUGUGUAAAAAACCGGGUAACUGGGUACCCG